AAUGCUAGAAAUCAUUACUGAAGUAGAAGCAGAAGCCAUAAAAACUCUUUCAGCCUCAGCAAUAAAUGCCAGCCCAACCAGCUUUGCUCCUGCUGCUGUCAACGCUUCCGCUGCCUCUAGCACUGAUUUGGAAGUGUCCAAAGACAACUUGCCCUGUUCUGUUUUCCAAACCCGUGGUCAAAUGGAUUGCUUUGCGAAUGGAAAGUUUUGUACUCAGACAGGCUCUCAGCAGCACAGGGACAGUGAUACCAAAGACAUUCCAAAUGAUUGCAGAAACAGGGGAAAUAGCAGAAAUCCUAAUGUCAGCAUUGGCUGUCAGAUGAAUGAGGUUGACAGACCUGCCAAACGUCUCCGAAGGAAGAGAAGACUGCUUCUGGAGUCUGAGGAUGAUGAGGAAAAUGCAGAUGAGGAUGAGGAGAAGAAUAAAUCAAAUAAUAUGAAAAGCCGCAGAAACACUAAACCAAUAAAACAAGUUGUUCCUGCAAAGAAGAAGGUAUGGAACUGGGUUUCCUACUUAGAAGAGGAACGGAUGCCAGCUGCUCCCCUAAAACUGUUCAGAGAGUAUCAAUUAUUCCCACAAGGCCGAAAUGGAUUUAAAGUUGGAAUGAAAUUGGAAGGGCUGGACCCUGAACACCCAUCUCGAUUCUGUGUUCUUACAGUGGCUGAGGUACAAGGGUAUAGAAUGCGAUUACAUUUUGAUGGUUAUCCGGAGUGCUAUGACUUCUGGGUUAAUGCUGAUUCCUCAGACAUCCAUCCUGUCGGCUGGUGUGAAAAAACAAGCCAUAAGCUGCUCCCUCCUAAAGGUUUCAAGGAGGGAGAAUUUAAUUGGGCUUCCUAUUUGAAGAAUUGCAAAGCUCAAGCAGCUCCAAAAAGCCUUUUUAAGACCCUCAGCACUCCUGUCACACCAUCUGGUUUUCGUCUGGGAAUGAAACUAGAGGCAGUGGACAAGAAGAAGCCGUCACUGAUGUGUGUUGCAACCAUCACUGACAUGGUGGAUAACCGCCUGCUAGUUCAUUUUGAUAACUGGGAUGAGAAUUACGACUACUGGUGUGAAGCUAGCAGCCCAUAUAUUCGUCCUGUUGGCUAUUGCCAAGAAACUGGAACCCCGCUGACAACACCACCUGGAUACAAGGAUCCUAAAGCCUUCUCAUGGCAGAAAUACUUGGAAGAAACUAAUUCCCAGGCAGCCCCAGCAAGAGCAUUCAAACUGCGUCCUGCUCACGGAUUCCAAGUUAAUAUGAAGUUAGAGGCUGUAGACAAAAGAAAUCCCAUCCUGAUAAGAGUAGCAACGAUAAUUGACAAAGAUGACCAUCGUAUUAAGAUACAUUUUGAUGGCUGGGACCAUAAUUAUGAUUUUUGGGUCGAUGCAGACAGCCCUGAUGUUCAUCCAGUAGGCUGGUGUGCAAAAACUGGACAUGCUUUGCAAGUCCCUCUAGGUGCUGUUGAUCCUGUGGGAACUGUGGGACAAGCGUGUCCUACUCCAGGCUGUCACGGUAUUGGUCAUGUCAGGGGACCACGAUAUGGAACACAUUAUACGUUAGUUGGCUGCCCAUAUUCUGAUGUGAACCUCAGCAGAGAAAACUCGUUACAGGACCGCCUGAGCGGGGAAAAACCUUCCCCUGGCAAUAGCCUUCAGAAAGCCAAGAGGAUAGAGACCCCUGCCCCAGUCCUAUUGGGAACAGGAGAGUCUUCUCAGGAGGACUCUCCACACUCCAGAAAAUCUGCACAAGACAGUGAAAAGUCAUGUCAAAGCAGUGUUCACAGUCUGUCGGAACAGUCUGAAAACAAUCAAGAGAAAGACUGGAUAGAAGAGGAAUCGUCUGCAGACAUCAAAGCCAAACCGAAAAAGCUUGGAUGCUCACAUGCCUAUAUAAAGUUCCAGCUGGCGAAACAGGAAAACAAUGGGAAAGACCCUGAUUUUGAUCUCCAGCAGGCCCUCCACCAGUCCAUCUUCAUGCCUUCCCUGACCUCUAACCCAACCCACCGCCUCCAUCUCUGCUGGGAGCAGCACUGCAAGCUCUUGCCGGAGGUCUCGGGCCUCACAGCCAAGCACGUGGCCAAAUGGACUGUGGAAGAGGUGGUGAGCUUUAUCCAGCGUCUACCUGGUUGCAAAGAACAAGCAUCUGUGUUCAGGGAAGAGCAGAUAGAUGGUGAAGCCUUUCUGCUCCUGAACCAGACCGACAUAGUUAAAAUUCUCAGUAUCAAACUGGGUCCUGCCCUGAAGAUCUACAAUGCCAUUCUCAUGUUCAAGUCUGCAGAAGAAGAGUGAGAAGAGCCCUUCGGCAGAGCCCAAGAGGAAUUGACAGGGAACAGAUCUUCCACCGAGAGCAUUACAACGUGCCCAAGAGGCAGACUUGGACUCAGAUAUAUUUUAAGUAGAACUUAUUAAAAAAUAUUUUGAGGACAUAAAAAUCCUGCCGCAAUCUGGAAUAUGGGGCAGCUUCACUUCCAAGAAGAGGAUAUUAUUAUAUUUUGUAAUUGAGUUUGGUUUUGAUAUAUCAAUCUCUUUUGAGAUCUAGAAGACACCUCCGGUUAUAAGGGGAAUCCAGGGUAACAUUGGUGGAGCUGCAAUAGUAAGAGGAAAGUUACAAGUGAAAUGAAUUCUGUGUCUGAUGAUAGUGCCUGAAAGAGAGACUGAGUUAUCACCAGCAUGUUUAAUAUAUAUAUAUGUGUAUAAAAACUCUGAGAAGAGAGUAAGAAAAUAGGAAAAAGGUGCCCUUCAGAGCAAUGCUGUGAGUCAAGAGCUGACUUUCUUACGACUGAUUUUUAAAUUCCAGUUUCUCCUGCUGAUAUUGUUCUAAUACCCUUGAUUCCCGGGCUGCUCACACCACAACAGAAGCGUACCAUGGGCAAAGGGUUUCCACCAGUGGUCGCUUACAUCAUUUCUGUUAACAAGCAAACCUUUCUCAUUCAUGCCACCAGGCAGUUAGAGGCAAGCCCUAUUUGGACAGGCUUUGGUAGGCAAAGCUCUCUCAUACAGAUAUCUCCCACAGGAGACAAAGGUAAAUAUUCCAGAUGUAUUUCUCCCAUCAGUGCUUUUGUGUAACUGCUAUCUGGACCAUGAACAUCUUACGGCAAAAUGAUGCCAUCAGGAGCACUUGGGAAUUUGACGGGUUCAUCCGAACCCUCUUCAGUCAGCCGAAUGCUAGGAAUUGAAAACCCACCAGUGGGCAGUGUUACGUGUACAGAUGCAAGCAAGUUUCCUAGAAGCAAUUUGCUUUUAUUUUCAAACAAUCCAAACCCCACGAACACUUAGUGCUUUAGCAUUUUCGGCCUCCAGGUGGACAUUGAUCUGUUGUGCCGGUGAGCUGUGUGCUGUAGUAGCAGGGCACUGGCUCCCCUGCAUCUUUAGUGGCGAGGCAGGAAGGAAGAACACGAGGGCAGGUUUCACUGAGGGGGGAUCAGGGUUAGAACAGAGAGAAAAGCAAGGUAGGAAUUACUUCUCAAAAGAGAUUGCUACCUCCCUGGCACAGGUCAGCAAAGCUUGUGGCUCUGUUCCUGUGUGUGCAGGUGGCAGUCUGCAUGCAUUCCUGGCAGAAGAGAGCACUGGUGUUUCUUGCUCUGCUGGAAGCCAAAGCACAGCUUUAGGAACAUGCAGCAGGGGCUGCAAUGCCUUGGAUGGGGGAUUUCCAUGCCGUUACUUCCAAAGCCAUUUUUUUCCAGUGGGAAGCGGGGAGCCCUGCCAGGGCCCUGCUCAGCGUUUCCCGUUGCAGCUGGCAGCAUGCUAGCUUCUGACUGCCUCUUCUGGAGUUCAGCAAGAACCAUCUCAGCUAGGUAAACCUUUCCACCUCUUCAUUCGAAGCCGCCAGGCCGUGAGUGAGUGAACAAACCCUCCGGAGCACUGGAAGAGUGCUUGCACUGGGCUGCCGAAGACUGGCAUGCCAUCACAGCCCAGGGCUGCGUGAAUUUCUCAGGGCAUUGCACGUUGAGAUGUGAUCCAUCUGUGGGCACCUCAGACUCCCUCCUGAACUUGGCAUCUUUACCACCAGUGCUGUUGCCUUAGUCCCAGUCCUGCAGCUUCUCUGGGAGCUGCCAGGAGCUGAGAAUGAGCGCACCCUUCGUGACUGUGUGAUGACACAGGGAAUGCGCUUGGUUUCUGUCCCUAAUCGCUCUGUGUCCUUUGUCCAGCUUUGCAGCUUCUGUGAAGGUCCUGGUGACUUUCCUAAGGUACUGAGUUCCUUAAAUUUGUCGAUAGAGCGGAAUCCAUGCUGCUGAAAUCAUUCAGUCCUGGAUUAAUGUAUAGAGCUAUUGGUCUCCAUACUUUCUAUUUUUGUGUAAGAUGUGUAAGGAGUCUAAGCCUUCCGCAGAGAAGACAUAGGGGUAGGGGGAUAUUUAAUCGCUGAAACGUUGAAUACCAGCCAGGCAACUGCAGGAGAAUAUAGUAAUUUAAUGCAGUAUUAGGGACUAGACGAGAUAUGAAUUUAUUAAAAUGAAUUUAUAGUAUGACAACCAGGAUAUUCACCAAAGAGUCACGUUCCUUUUUCCCCACUCCGUGCACCCAAGUCUGUGUAAAGAUUUCAGGUGUAAGUGGCACGUCCUGGGCUGUGACACAGCUCACCUUCCAGGCACAGCAAAAUCCGUUCAUUGACAACUGGAGCAGAGGGUCAGUGGCUGGAUUGUUUUGUUCGUGGCCCUCCAACGACUUGCUCAAUAACCCUGAGCCCUUCUUUGCUCCGGUUUCCCCGCCGUGACAGCCAGCCAGGUGGGCUGAGCGCAGUGUUACCUUGUCCUUGUCUCAGGAAGCAGGUCCUGCCAAAUCUUCUGUUUUACCUCCUUCCUUUGGGAAACUGCCCUGGGGGACAGCAGACUGCCUCCAGCAAUAAAACAAAAUGUGAUAUAAUUUCAUCUCCUGCUAUAUAUAGAUAGAGGAUGAAGAGAAUUGGUGCAACAAGCAGUAAGAUUCUCGUCGCUGAAAUUACUCAAACAGAAGAGAGAUCUUUAAUCUAGGGGCUUCCAAGCCAGCUGGAUCAGAGACGGAAAUGUGUGCUUGGAGUUUAUUCAGUGACAGCAGUAGUAGUGCUUUCAGCAGGGAGGAAGGAGGAACCCUUUUAGGGAUAGAAGAAGGAGGAAUGUGCUUCUUGUGCCUUUUUUUGUAAUCCAGUAAUUGUCUUUGCAGCGCAAGCAAGAAUGUGCACACAUCUAUUACUAAUUCUUUUUCCAAAUAUAGCUAUAUUCUAAUAAAAUCAGACAACUUCACGAUACCACAAGGGCAAAAAGAUUUCCUGUCCUCGCUGGACGCGUUUAAAAUUCCCUAAUAUUUACAAGACUAAGAAAAAACAACUCAUCUUUUAGCCUCAGCUUGGCUCCUUGACUUAGGAAUUCACUGCUGGCCGAUGCCACCUCGCUUGCAGCAGGGAGCCUUGCUUUCGUGGGCGGCUCGGGGGCUUGGUCCUGUAGCCAGGCUCUGCUUUUGCAACCUCAGCUCUGCCUUUUCCCAGUCCUGGUCACGGCCUGUGUCUAGGCAAGGGCUCUGCAGAUGCCUUUGAUUGUCUUAAUGCCUUGUUGUCUAAUUUGAAACAUGCACUUUGAAGCAGAAAGCCAAAAGUUGGGGCUCUGUGUCGAACAAAAGCUGAAACUGGUUAAUGCCACCUGGUUUAGGAGGCUUUCAUAGUCUACUGAGUAUCAACAGAAACCAGCUGUUGGCCCAGAAAUAAAUUACUUGAAAGCCGCACGGAGCUGUGGCAGCUUCGUGGGGACCAGCAGCACAGCUGCGAAGGCUCCCUUCUCGGUUAAAGUGGGUCUUACUCCCAUAUGCGUUUUGGAAAUCCAAAGUGAUCAAAUGGUUCUCCUUUUCUCUUUUCUCCUCUGCCGUUUACUGUUAAAAUUUUUCUGUGCCAUCGCAGAUGAUUGUCUCCUUGUAAUCCAGGAAUAGCAAAUUUCCGCUCUGGGUAAUGAAUCGCAUUAACGUCGGACAGAAGCGUUCGGCAACACUGGGAGCAAAAUUCUACAACCAAAGGGAAAAAAAAAAAAAGAAAAAAAAAACUCAGCCCAGGGGAUAAGCUAGUUCAGCUGUAGAAGAUUUCCUGCCUGCUACUUUCAUGCCCUGCUUAGGGAUUUAUACCGCAGAAAGCUUUAAAGUUUCUGACAUUCUCUCCGCCAUGUGAUGAGCUAGCUUAUUUUUGAAAUUCCUAUUACUUGAACUGGAAACAUGCACAGGGGAAGGGAGGGUGCGCACGUUGUCUCUGUUCAACCUCUGAAAUGUUUGCCUGUUUUAAACCAAACAAAUACUUGAGCUUUUUGACACUAGCCAUGAUGUUGCACUCCACCAAUGCUUUCUUCUGGAAAUGUG